CACUCACAGAAAAAGAAAAAAAUGGCCACACCCACACGUCAGUUUUGGCGUCUUUCAAUUCUCUCCUCAACACUUCUCUUCUUCAUCGUCACCAUCGCCGUCCAUGCCAAUAUUCCCUCCGUCGCCAUCGCCGCCGCCGCCUCAACGACAACGAAGCCGACCGAGCUCGUGAGCGACGUCUGCAACAGAACCUCCAACUACACCUUCUGCGUCUCGGCUCUCUACGCCGACCCUCGCACGCCGACCACCGACGCCUACGGCCUCGCCUUUGUCGCCUUCGGCAUGGCCUACCUCAACGCCUCCGCCACGCAGGACCUGAUCACCAAACUCCUGAAGAAGUCCGCCAACGAAACGCGCCAGUUUCGGCAUCUCGAAACGUGCCGUUUAGACUACAAGAAGGCCAUUUCGGCCCUCGAAAUGGCCUACGGUGACUUGAACUCCGAGACCUUCUUUGAGCUCGCCGAGUUGGCCGGCAACGCCUCCGCUGCCGCCAAGGACUGCCAGGCUGCUUUCAAGGAUGCCCCUCACCGUCCCUUGACUGCAAGGAAUCUUGGUUUGAGGGGCCUUUGUGAAAUUUGUGCUGUUAUUUCUAAGCUCUUCACAGGGGGGUUUUAGCAAAAAAAAAAAAGUAUGUACAGAUCGGCAUACUUUGAUUUCUGACACUUCUAUUUUUCCUGAAGUACUUUGUAUAUGUAUGUUUCUAAAUGAGAGUCAAUAAAUCUCAGAUUAAUUAAUGGUUAUAUCCCUUUUUUUGUUGAUUUAA